AUGGCCCUCAGAAUUUCGCGGCUCCAAAGUUUGAUGCGCAGGUUUGUUACUGUAUACAGCUGUAAAUAGAUCUACCGGAAUUAAUUUUUAGAAAGGUUAGUUAAAAUUUUUAAUUUUUGGUGACGCAGUCUUUCCAAUAUUCCCAAUUUGGAUCCUGAUUUCUGGUCAUUUAGCUGGAAAGUGUUCACUCGCGUUCAGUUCUUUGUAGUUGUACCAAGCAGAAAUAGCGUGUGAUCCGUGGACUCGCGGAAGAAUGCGGUCACGUUGCCACGACAACGUUUUCUACUAUAAAAGGACUAAUUCAGACCGGUUGUGCUCACAAAUCAGCACCCGCUCGCUCAAGAGAACGAACCGCCUGCUCACCGUCCAUCAACCGAAAUGACUGCGACUCCAGAAGUUCAGAAGGCCAUCGAGGAAGUGAGUUUAUCUGGCUUCCUUCAGUUAUCCUGUCCGUCAUUUUCCAGGUCUUCACGAAGCUGCAGGGCGCCUCCGACUGCACUUCGCUGCUGAAGAAGCAUCUGACGAAGGACGUCGUCGCGAAGAACAAGUCAAAGAAGACCCGCCUCGGUGCCACACUUCUCGACGUCAUUCAGUCGGGCGGAGAAAACCUAGACUCCGGCGUCGGCAUUUAUGCCCCCGACGCCGAGAGCUACACUUUGUUCGCCGAUCUCUUCAACCCCGUCAUCGAGGAGUAUCACAACGGAUUCAAGGCCACCGACACACAGCCGGCGAUGGAUUUGGGCGAGAAGAAUGUGAGUUGAGCUGAAAUGUUUAAAAUUACCGCAAAUGUUUUUUAGCUAGCCGAGCUUGUCGACCUGGACCCGGAAGGCAAGUUCAUUGUGUCGACCCGCAUCCGCUGCGGCCGCUCCCUCAAUGGCUACCCGUUCAACCCGUGCCUCACCGAGCUCAACUACAAGAACAUGGAGAGCCGAAUGAAGGAGAUCUUCGGAGGAAUCUCUGACCCAGAGCUCAAGGGAACCUACUAUCCGCUGACUGGAAUGAACGAGGAGACGAAGAACAAGCUCAUCGCCGAUCAUUUCCUUUUCAAGGAGGGAGAUCGCUUCCUGAAGGCCGCCAACGCCAACCGCUACUGGCCGAACGGUCGUGGAAUCUUCCACAACGAGAAGAAGUCCUUCCUCGUUUGGGUGAACGAGGAGGACCAUCUGCGCAUCAUUUCGAUGCAGAACGGAGGAAACGUCGGGGAGGUGCUCGGCCGGCUCAUCAAGGGCCUGAAUCUCGUGGCUGCGAAGGCGCCGUUUGCCCGCCACCCCCGUCUCGGAUGGCUCACUUUCUGCCCCACCAAUCUCGGAACGACUGUCCGCGCCUCGGUGCACGUCAAACUGCCGAAGAUCUCCGCCAAGGACGACUUCAAGAAGAUCUGCAGCGAGAUGAAGCUCCAGGUACUCGGAACUGUCGUCUGCAGAAAAAAAAUGCAAUAUUCUAUUUCAGAUCCGUGGAAUCCACGGAGAGCACUCCGAGUCGAAGGAAGGCAUCUACGACAUUUCGAACAAGCAGCGCCUUGGACUUACCGAGUACCAGGCCGUCCGUCAGAUGUACGAUGGAGUGAAGAAGCUCAUCGAACUCGAGAAGGCCGCAGCCUGA